UCCUGCAAUCAAACACAAUGACGGUGAUCUUCACCUGUGUCAGCGUUCUCCUGCUCUGGACUCUGUGUGCAUCUCAGCCACGUGAAGUCCAACAGCUUCAAUGUUUUAAAACUGCAAAGCUCGGAGAAACUGUGGUCAUAAAAUGUUUGACCAAAAGUAUUUGGAGAAAUAGAGUGUGGUACAAACAGAGCAACAAUAAAAGUCUACAACUGGUCGCAGCAACUAAUAACUUGUAUCAGCAGGAUUCACCUUCAGAAAAGUAUUCAGCAGAAACUUUAAUGAACGAAACCACUUUGACCAUACUGCACAUGACGAAGGAGGAUGUCGGCACAUACUACUGUGGAAUAAUCAAUGCACAGGAUGUUCUCUUUGGAUCUGGCACUGUUCUGGAGCUUGAGAAAGAGUCAAAGUCCAUGCAGUCUGUGCUCCAGAGUCCAGACUCUAUCAGAGUGCAGCCAGGAGACUCUGUGACUCUCAGCUGUUCAUUCAACUCCAGCCUCUGUUCAGAACAAACUAGUGUCACUUGGCUUAAAAGUGACCCGACAACUGAAAUUAUUGCUCAGACCAGUGGAAAUGAGAACAUCAUUUGUGACAACACUGGAGAAACAGAUUGUGUUUAUAACCUGAUGCUGGAAAAUGUCACUUCUACAGAAGAUGGGAACUACCUCUGUGUGGUGUCUGCUUAUGGACACUCAUUCACUGGAACCAGGAUUCAUGUGUAUGGCCGUGACCUGUCCAAGCUUGAUCCCACUUUCAUCGUCUUGACUGUGCUGAACGUUGUUUUCUUUGUGACUGUGGUUGUUCUGGGGUGGCUGGUUCAUAGCUACAGGAAGAAUCAACACACAGAAGUAGAUUCCUGUCGUGGCUCUACUCAUGAUGAACAGGCUGAAGAGAAGGUUACUUAUGCGGGAGUGAACGUGGUGCCCUUGAGCGCCUCCUCCAGGACAGCCUCGGUCACGCUCCGACAAGAGCCAGUGGUUUAUUCUGAAGUGAAGAAUCAACAAGACUAAUAACCAAAAUGUUAUUUCUCUUGAACAGCAUGGUACUUAACACUUCAAACUUGUCUCACUUUGUAUUUUUGGAGCUUGACUGAAAAUAAAUGAUCUGAAAUAACAAAAUUCAUGUGCAUUGCCCUAAAUAAACAAUACAAAUCUCCUAGAGCUGUCAGUAACUACGUUUAAGCGCGACGAUUCAGCUGACUUUGCCUGUUUUCAUGGAUUUCAGUCAAAUCAUUCCUACCUGAUUUGUGAGGACCUUAUCUCAUUCAAGAUAUAUGGUUUUAUUGCUGUAACAAGGGAGGACCAUUGCCCUGCCACAUCCUUCAAAUCACGAUGGAUUCCCUGAAACUCAUGAAAAGACCCACAUUAUGAUCAUAGGCAUGUAGUAAUUCAGCAUUUGCAUUA